CUGGAUGAGGCGCUGCUAGAGCAACUCAUCCGUGGGGUCAGAGACAUGCGUUUGCGGAGGCGGCUACUAUCAAAAAGCAAUCUAACGCUGGCAAACGCUCUGGACGAAGCCAGAGCGCAUGAAAUGUCCACCCAAGCGGCAGAGACCCUGCAAAAGCCACUCACGCCGAAGGCGAGCACAAAAGCAACCCCGGUGCACCAAGAAGAGAUCCAGACCGAAUCAGACGGCGAGGAUGAGGAAGGGGUUUGUCGUACCGAGAAACGUGGCAAAGAAGACCGGGAGGAAUGCGGAAGUUGCGGAGGACAACACCCGCGUCAACAAUGCAAAUUCAAGGACGCUACAUGUCGGUGUUGCGAGAAGAAGGGGCACCUGGCUCAAGUUUGUCGAGCACCCCAACCUUCCCGCCGAAAAUUCAAACCGACCAAUCAGAGCGCGGGAUCGGCAAGGCGACCUGUGAUUGGCUCAAACAAAAAAGGCACGAACUUGAACCGAACGACCGUGAUCAUAGGCCGCGCCGGAACCAAGGUGGAGAAGAAAAUCUUCACCAAACCCAAAAUAGAAGGAGUGCCCUGCCGACUAGAAGUGGACACCGGGUCAGCGAUCACAAUCAUGUCCUGGGACACUCUUGCGAAAGCUUUGCCAACAGUAGCAAAAAGACACCUGCAAACACAACGGCUACGAGUCCACGACUAUCAAGGGAAUCGCAUCCCUGUUCGAGGGACCACCUCCGUCCGAGUCGAGUACGGACCACACAAGAAGACCCUGCCCAUCACGAUCGUCGAAGGAACCCUGCCAAGUUUGUUGGGACUAGACUGGUUCCGUGCAUUGGGCAUGGGAGUGACUGGCAUCUACCGAAGUGACGUUAACCUUAAAGAUGCACUCAUGAGGGAAUUCGAAGAUGUGUUCAAGGACUGCCUGGGCAAGUACAAGGGGACCCCUAUCUCGUUUAAUCUAGACCCCCAGGUAGCCCCUAUCCGGAUAAAAGCAAGAAGGGUACCUUUUGCCCUUAAGCCCAAAAUUGAUAAGGAAAUAGACAAGCUAAUAAGGCAAGGGAUACUGGUACCAGUCGACCAUGCCAAAUGGGAGACGCCAAUCGUCACACCGGUGAAACCAGAUGGGUCAGUUAGAAUCUGCGCUGAUUACAAGGCAACGUUAAACAAAGCCUUACAAAAGAGCGCUUACCCAGUUCCCAUAGUGCAACACUUGCUGCACUCAUUGGGACAAGGGCAAAUUUUUGCUAAAUUAGAUUUAGCACAAGCCUAUCAACAACUACCCGUAGACGCAACCACCGCCGAAGCCCAAACGAUAGUGACUCAUAGGGGGGCUUUCAAGUGUACCCGGUUACAGUUUGGGGUGAGUGUGGCACCAGGGCUAUUUCAAAACUUAAUGGAGCGACUUUUGCAAGGGCUCCCCGGAGUAGUUCCCUAUUUCGAUGAUGUUUUAGUAUCGGCAGAAAAUAUAGAGGAAUUGGGGGAGCGAUUGAGAAAAGUUUUGGGCAUUUUCCGGUCAGCCGGUCUAAAGCUUAAAGUGAACAAAUGCCAAAUCGGGGUAGAAUCCGUAGAAUUCUUGGGCUACAGAAUUGACAAAGAGGGAAUUCACCCCACCGAGAGCAAGGUUAAGGCAAUAAGAAAGGCUCCAGCGCCCAAAAACAAAACAGAGCUACAGGCGUUCCUGGGCUUAGUGAACUUUUACGUGGUUUUUUUAAAAAAUAAGGCAACGAUUGCCGAGCCGCUACAUAAAUUGUUG